CCGUGCCCGACAAAACACAAACUAAACACAGCCACAACAAUCAUACUAAACACAACCACCACCACAAUCAAACUAAACACAAAACCACAAGAGAAAGAAACAUCCAUGCCUGGUCGGAUUUCUCGUAAGCUAUGCGGGGGCCUCAAAUACGCAAAUAUCGCCAACGCACUGUGCAAAGCCACAAAGGGGCCAAGCGCGCAACCUACGGAAGACAACGCCGCCACUGCUGCCUCGGAGCAGUCAGCUGAAGGCGGCGAAUUGUUCGUUUGCCUUGAGGGAGGGUUCCGUCCCGAUAAAAUCAUCGAGGAUCUGAAGGCGGGUUCCCAAAGAGGUACACAGAAAGUUCGUAUUGCUUCCGUCGAUGAUUAUCCAAUCGAUCUCUGGGACCAUUCAAAGAUUUCGUUUGUUUUCGAUGUCAUUGGGUCUUUGCCGGGGCUGGAAGAGAUUGUUAUAGGAGACUGUCCUGGCCUUCCUAUAACCUGCGUCACCAGGCUCCUGUUGAAGUCAUCAGCACGGCUCCGAAGGCUAAAGUUCGACGGGUGCAGCUUCCUGGCGACCCCGUUGGGGUCUUGGGAUGGAUCCUUCCGUCAGCUAAGCUGUCUCGAGUCCUUUGAAAUGACGGGCUGCUCUCAAAAAAGACUGGGCUCCAAAGAGCCUUUGCCUGGUCUGUCGUUGCUUUCAGAGCUCGCAUCCUUACCUUCCUUGAAACGGUUGGUCUUGGGUGGGGAAGUCGACCUGCCGGUUGGCACGCAAUCGGUAGACUUCGCUCAGUCCCUGGAGGGUGUGGAGUUGGGUUUCAAACUCCUUCCUGGUCCGUUGUUUCAGAACGCAAUCCGUGCUCUCAGGAAGCUGCCGUGCUUGCGAAGAUUGUCAUUUGAUAGAGUUUUCAUCGACAAAGCAGGAGAGCAAGCACUCGUGGAGUGGCUAUCGAGCAAUCCACCACUCCAACAGCUCAAAAUGGUCCCGCUCCAACACCGCGAUGGAAACACACGGGACCUGCACCAUGCACUCGCGGAUGCUCUUGUUCAAAAUACCCAUCUAAGGGAGUGUCUCGUGCUGGCCACCGGCUGCUUUCAGUUGCCUGUUCAGGUGCUGGAACGGUGGUUGUUCCUCGUGCAACACGAGAAUCGUGUGCUCGAACGAGUCCGUCUGGCCAAAACGUCUUUGAGAAUGCAAGUGCGGCAACUUGCAAUCAUGGAGAAACAGUCCCCUUGCUUUGAACUGGAGGAAGUUCACGUUGGUACAACCGCUGAGGAGGAUGAACGUCUUUUGGACUUGCAGAUUCGGAUUGCUUAUCAUCUUCGUCUCAACGCGUCGGGUCGACGACGGCUUUUGCGAGACUACGGUUUCGUUCCGAAAGAUGUCCUUGUGGAUGUGUUGGGCAACUGCUCCGACAAUGUCCCCUGUCUGUACUACUUCUUGAAGCUGAAUCCGGAAAUCGUUGAUGCGCAUUAAAUUAAAGAGUUGACACUUUGCUUUGCUAAAUCGUACCGAAUGUAUCCCUGUUUCCAACUUGGCUUAUGACAGAUCCGACUUCCUGUCGGACUGGCGGGGAAUGCGGGGAAUAUGACAGAUCCGACUUCCUGUCGGACUGGCGGGGAAUGCCUGGGCUCGAGGCUCGAGGGCGACAAGGCGACCGAUCAACCAAGAAAAAGGGUCACAAUCGUCAAUCUUCCAGACACAUACUAGUAUCCGAGCACUCUAGUACUGUACAACGAUAUUGUACGGUAGACGACUACCGGUAAGAUCUCGAGCCGAAAUACUCAAGCUGGAACGGGCACGAACACCAAAGAAGAUGAUCUUCAGGCAUCAUCAAUCAUCCUCAUUCCAGCUUCCACUCGCUAGCUA